CUUUUCCAGUAACCAUUUGACAUCCGUGCACAUUAUUGAAGAACUUUCAAUUGCAGGAUGGGCGAUAACCCACUUUCAAUUCAUGCCGUCAACAAGAUGGGUUAUGAAGAAUUCAUCAAGUGUUUCGGUAACGUGGUAGAGCACUGCAGCCUCUGUGCCGCCGCAGUAUGGAGGGAACGCCCAUUUCGCGAUGCUGAAAACCUGGCCAGCUGUUUUGGUGAUUUUAUUGAUCGGUUGCCAAUAAGUGGCAAGGAGGGAAUUCUUCGUCUGCAUCCUGACCUCGCGGGAAGACUGGCGCAGGCGGGUCAGCUGACGUCAGAGUCUACCCGAGAGCAGGCCAGCGCGGGGCUCAACACGAUGACGGAGGAAGAGCGACAACGGAUGGCCAAUCUGAACAAGAGAUAUAAACAGAAAUUUGGCUUCCCCUUUGUUAUAUGUGCCAGAGAAAAUAAAAAGGAUGCCAUUCUAAGAGGACUGGAGGAGAGGCUGGAGAACGCGCCUCAGACCGAGGCUAUCACCGGGGCCAACGAGGUCAAGAAGAUCUGUCGCCUCCGUUUACUGGACUUGGUGAAACCAGACAGUCAGCUGAGCAGUCCGCUGUAGAUUCUACAGGGAGGUACAAGAAGUAAAGCCAGGGAACAUUCCUAACGUGUUAAUGUACGUGAUUUAUGACACGAUUGUGAUAUCCCGACUAAAGAACUUAUUUUCCUAUAUGUCAUCUAGCUAGACUAAGUAUAAAGUAAGAAUGAAUGGACUCUAGAAUAAGAAAGUAUGGUUUAUAGGGAUGUUUUAAUUAAAACAUCUGUAGGAAUCGCUAUGUAACUACUGCAUGUAGCUAUUUACAACUACUAUACCGGUAUAGUAUUUUGUGUACAAAUCUCACUUAAUAUAAGCGACUGUGUAUCGUUUCAAUCGCAUAUCGUUCGGUGCUUUUAUUUGGUAUGAAACAAAUAGUUUGUAUAUUGAGACGUAUUCAUGUACAUGUACGUGCAUGUAAACUAUAUCUUAAACCCAAGUCUGUUAUUGUUGUCUAAUAAUUUUUCAUGAUGAACCUAGAUUUCAC